AUGUGCUGUGCCAAGCACGUCUCGACUGAUGUGUCUCGGCGCCCAGACAUCUACCGUCGUCAAGCCAGGAACCUGGCCUGGUACGAUCAGGAAGGCGAACAAUCCAACCACAAUCCCUUUAAGAAGUUCAGAGCGCGGCCGCGACGGUCCAAUUCCUAUCGGUUGGAAAGCGGACUCGCUCCCGUUCGCACGGCGGGGGAGGUGCGCAUGUCGGAGGAAAGACGGCGGCGGAGGGACAUGACCGACGGCCUGUCCGGCCCAGAGCACGCAGAUACUUUUCCGCCAGAGUCAUCAGGAACGGACGGGCUCUAUCGAGCAGAAAGUGCAGAGAAAUCGGAGCCCGAACCAUCGAUGCGCAGCCAUGAACCCAUCAACGUGUCCAACCAAGAGGGGCAGGAUGAGAUCCCCGAAGGAAAACCUCGGAAGAGGAAGACCUUUAUGAGCGGCCAUGGGAACCAGUCUGAGGAUGGGAAUUCCCAAUCUUCGGUGGAGGAGGCGAAGGAUAUGCCUGACAAGCAAAAGUUCACAGCCGUUGGCCAGCUCAAGGCGACUCUUUUUAACUCUUGGAUAAAUGUUCUCCUGAUUGCCGCGCCAGUUGGAAUUGCACUGAAUUACGUCGACGUCGAUCCGGUGGCGGUCUUCGUGGUCAACUUCAUUGCUAUUAUACCUCUUGCGGCCAUGUUGAGUUACGCCACGGAAGAAAUCGCCAUGCGGACUGGCGAAACGAUUGGUGGUCUGCUGAAUGCAUCAUUCGGUAAUGCGGUCGAAUUGAUCGUCGCCAUUAUUGCCUUGGUCGAUAAGGAGGUGCUUAUAGUCCAAACGUCACUUAUAGGUAGUAUGCUGUCGAAUCUGCUGCUGGUCAUGGGCAUGUGUUUCUUUUUCGGCGGUGUCAACCGUCUUGAGCAACACUUCAACCCAGUUGUCGCGCAGACAGCGGCUAGUCUUUUGGCGCUAGCGGUGGCGAGUCUGAUCAUUCCAACCGCGUUCCACGCGUGGUCUGGUGGUGCGUCAAUCCGGCCGCAGAUUAGGAAGUUUGACUGA